CGUGAACAAGUUGAGAGCUUUAAAUGAAUUUGAACCCCUUUAUGCCUCAUCUCUGUUUGGAAACAGAGAAUACCUCCAAUACCCAGAGAAGCUUUGGGCAUAGAGAGGUUCAAGGAACAGGCUUGGGGAAUUAUCUUGUGCUUUCAUAUGGGUUCUUGAUCAAUUGCAAUACCCAGUAAGGAUUAUGACUCUCUUGCUUUGUUUUACAAGUUCUUGUUCUGUUGUUUGCUAAGCUCAGAAGUGUCUUUCUUUUUUUUUUUUGGCCUGUGUACUUUUUUUUCUUCUAUAAUUAUUGCCGCCUUUUGUUGUUUUCUUUCGGGAUUGAUAUGGAUCGGUGAAAUUUCUUACACCCAGUUGAGCUUGUGUUGUGAUUAUUUCAUCUUUCAUCAGUUUCUCUAAUUGGGGUGUUCUUGUUGUUAGAUCAGAAUAAUUCAUUCAUUUUACACCUGACCUUUUUCAUUCUGGAUAUGUAGUCUGAGGCAUUUCUCUAAGUCUUAGUUCUUCUUGAUUCUGAAUCUGCUUUGUACUCGUCAAAUUCUCUGAAAGAAAACAUUUUUCUUCCA